AUGCCCAAACAAAAAGUCCUCCACCUCGGCGCCCCCAUCAAAUACAACCCAGACGUAUACGCCCGUUUCAGCAGCACAUUCGAGAUCAUCCAGCCCUCCGCAUCCGAGCUAUCUCGAGAGGCAUUCAAGCGCGCCUUGCAAGAGCGCCGAUGGGGUGACUUCCAUGCCGUGUUCCGUCCGUUCUGGAAUACCGGCGGCGAGAUGGGGAAUUGGGAUCAGGAGUUGAUUGAUCUUCUUCCUGGCAGUGUGAAGGUUAUGGCGAGUGCGGGGGCUGGGUAUGAUUGGGUUGAUGUGAAGGGGUUGGCGAAAAGGAGAAUAACAUACUGCAACGGCGCCUCCGCAUCCUCCGACUCCGUCUCCGACAUGGCCCUAAUCCUCAUCCUCUCUACAUUCCGCAACCUCCGGUGGUCCCAUUCCGCCGCACACUCCCUCUCCCCCAUCGCCUUCAACGACGCCCACAAAAGCUCUCCCCUGCAAUCAUUCAACCCACGGUCUCGCUCCCUGGGCAUAAUCGGCCUCGGCGCGAUCGGGUACAGCAUCGCCCAAAAAGCCCACGCGGCGUUCGGGAUGACCAUCCUCUACCACGAUAUCGUUCGCAAGUCCGCCUCGCUCGAAGAGAGCAUCCACGCGCGCUACUUUGACAAGCUAGAUGAGAUGCUGGGGGUAGCGGAUUGCGUGAUCGUAGCGACGCCGUUUGCGGGGGAGACGUUGCUCACAGGGGAGCGGUUCUCUGCGUUUAAGCGCGGAGGACGGUUUGUGAAUAUUGCGCGCGGGUCGUUGGUCGAUGAGGAUGCUUUAGUGGCCGCGCUGGAGAGUGGACAGCUCAGUGCGGCGGGGUUGGAUGUGCAUGCGAAUGAACCGUAUGUGCAUCCGAGGUUGGCGGGGAAUUCGCGCGUGUUCAUGGUCAGUCAUAAUGCGGGGGGCACGGUGGAUACGCAUGUGGGCUUUGAGAGGUUGGCGAUGGAGAAUAUUGAGGCGUUUUUUAGGACGGGGAAGGCGUUGACGCCUGUGAAUGCGCAUUUGGUGGAGGAGCAUGCGAGGGGGCAGGUGAGGAGUGUUUUGUAG